AUGCGCUCCGUCUUCGUCCGCAGAGGGACUGUGACUUCCUUGAAUCUUGCAUCCACAACCACCGCAACCAUCCCGGUCACACCUUGGACAACCUCCUCUACCCUCGCAUUCAACCAGCUGCUCAGACGCCAGCACCACCAGCUCCCGCUCGCCAAACACGGCUGCUCCCGCACUACUCUGGCCCUUUCUUCCAGAGACAUCUGCUAUAAGACAACGCGACGAACCGUCCUUGGCCAGUUCCACCUUCCCUUCUCUACCAACUCGUCCGCUGCCGGCGCCGUCGUACCUGACCCUCCGUCGACCGCGCUGCAAAGCCAACCCUCCAAUCCAUCAACACCUACCUCCCCCAUCCCAGAAAUGAACGGCACCAACGCGUCUCCGCGCUCCAAGCGCAAGGCGCCCACGAGCCCCGAGGGCCUGCGACCGCACAAGCAGCAUCGCGCCGUCAAUGGCAAGCUUUCUGCUGGCGACAACACUCCCGAGAUCGAGCUUGAACACUCGGCUUUCGUUGAAGAGGACUCUGGCAUGGAAGACAGCGCCAUGAUGGGAAGCAUAUUCCCCAUCUCCCAAGAGCCCGAGGCAUGGCAGAAGACCAUUGAGAACGUCGUGAGCAACGUCGUCUCUAUUCGCUUCUGCCAGACCUGUUCUUUCGACACAGACCCGGCGUUGACCAGCGAGGCGACUGGAUUCGUGGUGGACGCACAGAAGGGAUACAUCCUGACAAAUCGACACGUCGUCGGAUCCGGUCCCUUUUGGGGAUACGUCGUUUUCGACAACCACGAAGAAGUCGAUGCGUACCCAGUCUACCGCGACCCCGUCCACGAUUUCGGUAUCCUGCGAUUCGAUCCCAAGGCCGUCAAGUAUAUGAAAUUGAACGCGCUGCAGUUGCGACCGGAUCUUGCAAAGGUGGGUGUCGAGAUCAGAGUCGUUGGUAACGAUGCUGGAGAGAAGCUCAGUAUCUUGUCUGGAUUCAUCAGUCGGUUGGAUCGCAACGCGCCCGAGUACGGCGAUGGCUACAGCGAUUUCAACACGUGCUACUACCAGGCCAACGCCGCCGCGAGUGGUGGCAGUUCCGGCAGUCCGGUGGUCAACAUCGAUGGUUUUGCCGUUGCGCUGCAAGCUGGUGGACGUUCCGAUGGCGCUUCAACAGAUUACUUCCUGCCCCUGGACCGCCCAUUAAGAGCCCUGCAGUGUGUCCAGCAAGGCAAGCCCGUCACGAGAGGUGACAUCCAAUGUCAGUUCCUUCUCAAGCCCUUUGACGAGUGCAGACGUCUCGGUCUUACCGCCGAAUGGGAGGCUGCUGCUCGCAAGGCCUUCCCCAAGGAGAACAACAUGCUUGUUGCAGAAAUUGUGCUUCCAAAGGGACAAUCCGACAGUAAGAUCGAGGAGGGCGACAUCCUCAUCAAGGUGAACGGAGAGAUGGUCACGCAGUUCAUUCGUUUGGACGAUCUUCUCGACUCCAACGUUGGCAAAUCUAUUCGCCUACAAAUCCAGCGAGGUGGAGAGGAUAUUGAGGUUGAUAUUGACGUCGGCGACCUGCACAAGAUCACUCCUGAUCGAUUUGUUUCCGUUGCCGGCGCCAGCUUCCACAGCUUGUCCUACCAACAAGCUCGUCUCUACGGUGUUGCUUGCCAAGGAGUCUUCGUUUGCGAAGCCACCGGAUCUUUCAGGUUUGACAGCGCUGACAACGGCUGGUUGAUUCAGAGUGUGGACCAUAAAAAGACCCCUGACUUGGAGAGCUUCAUCGAAGUCAUGAAGACCAUCCCAGACAAGUCCAGAGUUGUUGUCACAUACAAGCAUCUGCGUGAUCUGCACACUCUCAACACGACAGUCAUCUAUGUCGAUAGGCAUUGGUCAGCCAAGAUGAAGAUGGCGGUCAGAAACGACGAGACAGGUCUGUGGGACUUCACUGACCUCGCCGACCCCCUUCCUCCCGUUCCGCCAGUCGCCCGCUCAGCGUCCUUCAUUCAGCUCGAGAAUGUGAAGCACCCUGCCAUUGCUGACCUGGUGCGAAGCUUCGUGCAUGUCAACUGCACCAUGCCUGUCAAGCUCGACGGUUUCCCCAAGAACAGAAAAUGGGGCAUGGGUCUGGUUAUCGACGCUGAGAAGGGUCUCGUCGUCAUCUCCAGAGCCAUUGUGCCUUACGAUCUUUGCGACGUGACCAUCACCAUCGCUGACUCUAUUAUUGUCGAGGGCAAGGUGGUUUUCUUGCACCCACUCCAAAACUACGCCAUCGUUCAGUAUGACCCGAAGCUGGUCGACGCCCCUGUUCAGAGUGCUAAGUUGAGCACCGAGAACAUUUCCCAGGGAGCUUCGACCAACUUCAUGGGAUACAACAGAAUCGGCAAGAUUGUCCACGCCUCAACGACUGUCACGGAAGUCACCGCUGUGGCGAUCCCGGCCAACUCUGGCGCGCCCAGAUACCGUGCCGUCAACGUUGAUGCCAUUACUGUUGACACCAGCUUGAGCAACCAAUGUGGUAGCGGUGUCCUCGUCGCGGACGACGGAACCGUUCAAGCCCUUUGGCUCACUUACCUGGGCGAGCGCUCGCCGUGCUCUAACCGCGACGAAGAGUACCACCUUGGACUGGCCACCCCCACUUUGCUCUCUGUUGUUUCCCAGAUUCAACAGGGUCUCGUCCCGAAGCUGAGAAUGUUGUCGGUUGAGUUCAGGGCCAUUGGCAUGGCCCAGGCCAGAGUUAUGGGCGUCUCUGAUGAAUGGAUGACAAAGGUCACCGAAGCCAACAAGACACACCACCAACUGUUCAUGGUUAGCAAGCGAACUUUUGAGCGUGACCAGCAGUCUGGUGCCCUGUUGGAAGGUGACAUUUUGCUCACUCUCAACGGCAAGGUCAUCACCAAGGUUUCCGAGCUCGACAUCAUGUAUUCUCACGAGGUCUUGGACGCUGUCAUUGUCCGUGACUGCCAAGAGCUUCACAUCAAGGCUCACACCGUGGCUGCGGAUGACGUUGAGACUGAUCAUGCUAUUUCUUUCUGCGGAGCAAUCCUGCACCGCCCUCACCAUGCCGUCAGACAACAGAUCAGCAAGUUGCACAGCGAGGUCUACGUCUCGGCUCGCACUCGAGGUUCGCCCUCGUACCAGUACGGCCUAGCGCCCACCAACUUCAUCACCCACGUCAACGGAAAGUCUACGCCUAAUAUGGAAUCUUUCCUUGCAACCGUCCAGAAGAUUCCAGACAACACCUAUUUCCGCUUGAAGGCCGUCACUUUUGACAGCGUGCCGUGGGUUAUCACCAUGAAGAAGAACGAGCACUACUUCCCGACCAUGGAGUGGAUCAAGGACCCUUCAGAGCCCUGCGGCUGGAAGAGAAAGACAUACGAGGGAGGUGAGGUGUUUGAGGGCGAGGGUCCCGACGGGAUCGUUGCCAACACCGAGGAUGCAGAGAUGGUCGAAGAUCCCGCUCCUAUCUGA